CUCUAUCCUCCACUCCACCUCCAUAACCAUAAACCAAGUACAAAAAAAAACUAUGAAUAAUAAAUAAAUAAAUAAAAACAAUAAAGCAUAAAAAGGGCAAAACUCAAAUGAAAUACCCAUCACCCACAAACUACAAUUACAAGGCCACUAACAAUCACAAGUAGUGACCUUUUUCAACAAUCAAUUCCCACUUCCCAAUUCUGUCAAUCAUUUUUGGGGAAAAUCCAUCUCUCUAAUUCGGAGGAAAUAGUUAAAUUUCAAGUUUGAGAAAUGGCAGGUUACAGAGCAGAUGAUGAUUAUGAUUACUUAUUCAAGCUUGUUCUGAUUGGUGAUUCUGGAGUUGGAAAAUCAAAUUUGUUAUCUAGGUUUACAAAAAAUGAGUUCAAUUUGGAGUCUAAGUCUACAAUCGGGGUUGAAUUUGCUACUCGUAGUUUAAACAUUGAAGGCAAGGUUAUCAAAGCUCAGAUUUGGGAUACUGCUGGUCAAGAGAGGUACCGGGCCAUCACUAGUGCCUACUAUAGAGGAGCUGUUGGUGCUUUGCUCGUGUAUGAUGUCACCCGGAAAGCUACAUUUGAGAAUGCUAUAAGGUGGCUUAGAGAGCUCCGGGAUCACACUGAUCCUAACGUGGUAGUCAUGCUAAUUGGUAACAAAUCAGAUCUUCGGCAUCUUGUGGCUGUUACUACUGAUGAAGGGAAAGCUCUUGCCGAGCAGGAGGGGCUCUUCUUCAUGGAGACUUCUGCCCUCGAAGCCACAAAUGUUGAACUGGCUUUCACUGAGGUUCUUACUCAGAUUCAUCGUAUUGUGAGCAAGAAGGCAGUUGAGGCCGGUGAUGCUUCUGCAUCGGCUGUACCAUCCCAAGGACAGAGUAUAAACAUAAAAAACGAAGGCUCAACUUGGAAGAACUUUGGCUGCUGCUCAAACUAACUAGUUGCUUAUAACUGUAAGUCUUUGCUGCUAUAACGUUUUGUUUCCCCCGAAAAUUUACUUACUGGUCGAACUUCAAUAGUUGUGGACUGCGCCCACCUUCUUCCCUCAAAAAAUCUUAAAAACAGUUAUAUUUAGAUCGUCAUUGUCUAUAUAUCUAGACAUUUACAGUUGACACAAUUAGUAGAAGCAAUUUGCAUGUAAUUUUUCUGCAUGGAUUUGAAAAAUGAGGCUCAAGAAUUGUUUUAUAGCUAUAUUUUGGAUUAUUUAGAUGAUCAUUGGAUGAUACAGGAGCUCUGUGACACCUUGUGUUAAAUUGAAUCUGCAUUUCUUAUUACUGCAUUUAUUUCCCUUUUUUGUUGAAUGUUGGAUUCAAUACAAUUGAAAUCUUGUCCCUA